CUAAUCCUUUCACCGAUCCAUCCCUAUCAUAGACUCUUAUCCUCUCGUGGAGCAUUUCAGCUCUCAUAAACUAUAGUAAAGAAUAUAUAAAACCAAAUUAAGCUUGAAUAGAAAGAAACAUACAGAAGAGCUAAAUAAAUCAGCAAUGGAACCUAAUGUUGAAGUUGAACGGCCACUGAAACUUCACUUUAUUCCAUUUCUAGCAGCAGGGCAUAUGAUCCCUUUAUGCGACAUAGCAACUCUGUUUGCAUCACGUGGCCAACACGUGACCAUCAUCACCACUCCCUCCAACGUUCAGUUCCUUACAAAAUCCCUCUCCUCCGCCGACCCCUUCUUCCUCCGCCUCCACACCGUCGAUUUCCCCUCCCAACAAGUUGGUCUCCCAGACGGCGUCGAAUCCAUGACCAACACCCCUGACCCUGCCUCCUCCGUCAAAAUCUACAGAGGCGCAGUACUCCUCCAUGAGCCCAUUCAAGAUUUCAUGGAGAAAGAUCCACCUGACUGCAUCAUCGGCGAUUUCAUGUUCCCUUGGCUUAAUGAGUUAGCCACUAAGCUUCGGAUCCCCAACCUCGCCUUUAACGGUUUCUCGCUAUUUACCGUCUCCCUAAUGGAAUCCAUCAGAAUAAACCACCUACUUCAUUCUAACACAGAUUCAGAAUCAGGAUCAGGUUCCUUUGUUGUUCCGAAUUUCCCUCAUCGUAUCACUUUGUCCUCAACACCGCCAAAGGUAUUGGCUGGAUUCCUGGAAAAUAUGCUGGAGAAAGAGCUCAAAAGUAAUGGACUCAUUGUUAACAAUUUCGCUGAACUUGACGGUGAAGAGUGUAUCCAACACUAUGAGAAAAUUACUAGUCAUAAAGCUUGGCAUAUUGGUCCAGCUUCUCUUAUUCGUAGAACUGUUCAAGAGAAAGCAGAUAGAGGACAAGAAAGUGCAGUGAGUGUGCAUGAAUGUCUGAGUUGGCUCAACUCCAAGGGUGAUAACUCAGUGUUGUACAUAUGCUUCGGAAGCGUCUGCCAUUACCCGGCUAAACAACUUUACGAGAUCGCGUGUGCGAUUGAAGCAUCAGGUUACGAAUUCAUAUGGGUUGUACCCGUUAAGAAAGGGAAAGAGGAUAAUAGUGAAGAGGAGAAAGAAAAGUGGUUGCCGAAGGGAUUUGAAGAGAGAAACAUUGAGAAGAAUAAAGGUUUGAUUAUUAGGGGUUGGGCUCCACAGGUUAUGAUUCUGAGCCAUCCUGCUGUUGGAGCAUUUAUGACGCAUUGCGGAUGGAACUCCGCCGUGGAGGCUGUCGGUGCAGGGGUUCCGAUGAUAACAUGGCCGGUGGCGGGGGAACAAUUCUACAAUGAAAAACUGAUAACUGAAGUGCGAGGGAUUGGAGUGAAAGUUGGUGCAACAGAAUGGUGUUUGACUGGUUUUGAGGAGAGAGAGAAGUUGGUGACGAGAGAUGUCAUUGAGAAGGCUGUAAGAAGAUUGAUGAACGGCGAAGAAGCCAUCCAAAUCAGAAGCCGCGCUCAAGAGUUUGAGGAAAAGGCUAGACGAGCCGUUCAAAAAGGCGGCUCGUCUGAAAAGAAUUUGUUGGCCUUGAUUGAUGAUCUCAAAAGAUUGAGAGACAGCAGAUCGCUUGAGUAAUUCAAUUCAAUUUGUAAUAUAUGCAUAGUCAAAUUAGAUUAUCUACAUUGUACAGCAAGGUUUGAAUGAAGUACUAAUAAGUUAGAUUGUAUGUUGUCCCAUAUAGUUUCUAUAGUUGAGUUUUGAGAAGACUAGUUCUGUAAUUGGUGUUGCUGGACUAUUAUGUUUUGAAAGGGAGAGAUGGAUAAGUUUUGCAAUGGAUCCAUUAUCAAUGGAUCUAAAGAGCAAUCUAUUAUCAAUGGGGAUAUAUAUUGAAAUGAGUCCAUCAUGUAAAAGCUAAGAAUUAUUGUGAUAAUUCUUCAUUUACCUUUA